AUGUCUCUCCUCAAUCCCAACAGCAAUACUUUUCACCAGGCCCCCAAGAGACGAGUUGACGUCGACGACACUCAGUGGUACAGCAGGAGGCUUGUUCGUGUAAAGGUCAUUGUCAACAUGAUGAAAGACAUUUCUACCAACGCUGGUCUCAAUCGCGAGAUCUACAAAAUAACCGGCCACAAAACCAAUGAAUCGAUGAAGUCAUAUUCCAAUGACUGGAACCUGUCCAAAAUAGAAGUAUCCUGCCACUGUCCCCUGCUCCUUGAUGAAGGAAGACGUGCUCUCACCUGUAAAGAUAUACACAACCUCUCCACAAAGUUUGCUGCAAUCCUUCAGCGUCGGGGGUUGAAACAUGGAGACGUGGUCUGCAAUACUCUCACCAACUCUCCCGAACGUCUUAUCACCGAUUUUGGCAUCAUGGCAGCUGGGUGUGUUGCUGCCAAUGCCCAGGCACUGUUGGGAGAUGGUACUGAUCUGUUGCAUGUGAUCAACUUGAGUCGCUGUCGUCUACUGAUUGGCGACAACUCACAACCUGGGAGUGCUUGGGAUCUUCUCAAACCACAUCUGGGAAAAAUCAUGGAUUUGAAAGUGAAAUCAAUCAAUGCUCCUAAACUGGAAAUGGUGGAGUUUGUUGGUGUGAAGGGAGGUGGCGACUACCUGGAGAUGUUGCAUCAGGAAGGAGAUCCAGUUCCAGUUGAGAUACUACCAACAGACACAGCUCUGUAUUGGGCAACUUCGGGCAGCACUGGCUUUUCAAAACUUGUGCCAAAAACACAUGAGGCUAUGCUCCUCCUUGCUAGCCGUUUUACGGAGAUGUUUCGAAUCCACAAUGAAAAUGAUGUACUGUACAAUGAUCGGCCUUUGGGUUGGGCAGCUUUCAUGAAGAAACUUGCAGAAAGAAGAAAUAAGGAAAACUCAGAUGAUGUGAUUCAAAGAUUGAUGUGCCUUGCUUCAGGGCAACCUUUUGCCGGAAACUGCUUUGAGUUUGUUGGUAAGAUAUGUCACUCUGUGGCAAAUGGAUAUGGAAUGACAGAAGUUGGGUAUGUAUCAAGUUGUAUUUGUGAGAAGGAGGAAGACUUUGAAGACAACCUGGUUGGAUGUAACUCUCACUUAGGGGUUAAGGUAGUAGAUGAACAGCUUAAAGAUCUUGGAGCAGGCAAGGACGGACAAGUCCUGCUUCAUGGACAGUGUGUGUUCAAGGGAUACAUUAAUAAUCCUGAGGCUACAAAAGCAGCUUUUACAGAUGACGGCUGGUUUAAAACAGAUGAUGUGGGCCAUUUUGAUGAGAAGGGGCGUCUUUUUGUCGAAGGAAGACGCUCAGAUGCCAUUAUGCAUGGAGAGUACAUCAUAUACCCAUCCUGGGUGGAGAAGAAGUUGAGAACCUGUCCCUAUAUUUCUGAGGUUAUGGUGGUCCCCGUUCCUCAUCCAGACAUGUGUCAUGAGGUCUGUGCCUGUGUCAUACCCAAACCAAACAUGGAUGUCACCACCAAGAUGAUCAAAGAUUACUGUGACCCAAUAUUCAUCAGCGAUUCCCUCCAUGAAAUGUCAGCCAAACCAGCCUACUAUGUUCUGUUUGAGAGUUUCCCUCUCAGACCAACAGGCAAACCUGACAGACGGGCAUUAUCAGAAAUAGCGGACAAAAUGACCUCAGUCAGCCUUUAAAUUCCUGUCCAACCCGCACCAGUGGGCUGCAAGGGCCGACAAAACUACUGUGCAGCAGGGAGAUAGCAUUUGGUACCUCUUAGAGAGUUAUUUAACCACAAUUUAAAGAGUAACCAAUACCAUUAUCCAUACACAGUCAAAAUAGGAGUCGAGAUGUGUAAUCAGAAUACGCUUUAGUGGAUUUAGUAUUAUGAUCAUUUUAUCACGCCAA